AUGUUAAAGCCAAAAAAACAAAAACGAGGAAGACCCAAGAAAGUGAAAGUGGUUGUCAAACCGGACAUUACAGCACUACCAGCUAAAGUAAAAAAAGAAGAAGAUGAUCCGGAUUUCAUUGACGAAUCUGAGAUAAAACCACCAACCAAGAAACGAGGACGGCGAGUCGAUACUGAAAUCGUCCUAGAGAAGUUCAUAAAUCUAAACGAAGUCACCAAACCACUCAUCUGCAAGUUUUGCUCUAAGGCGUUCCUCACCCACGUAGAGUUCGGUAUUCAUUCGAGGGAACAUAACUCAGAUGGUACCUUUUCCUGUCAUUUAUGCGACUAUAAGAAAGACAAUAAGAAGUCGUUUAAAAUACACAUUAAGAGCCACGAUUUGUACAAGUGUGAGAAGUGCAGUAAGAUUUUGAAAAGCAGGCUUUGCGCUUAUAAGCAUUCUAGAUCUCAUAUAGUUGAGAACACUGUACAAUGCGAGAUAUGCGGCAAAAAUUUGAAGAAACAAUGUCUAUCGAUCCAUAAAAAGAUCCUACACAGUGAAGACCGCGCCAAUUUAAUCACCAGAUGUCCAAUUUGUGAUAAAGAGUAUCAAAAUCCUAGCAGCUUAAGACAACACUACUCCGCUUUCCACAAAGAGCUUGGUAUCGACGUAUCUGUCGUGUGCGACAUAUGCGGCAUGCGGUUAUCCUGUAAGGGAAAAUUGCCGCAACACGUCCGCACGCACACGGGCGAUAAACCGUUCGCGUGUCAUCUAUGCCCCAAAAAAUUCAUUGCGAAGGAUAUUCUUGCGGCGCACAUGAGAGUCCAUACGGGCGAAAAGCCAUAUGAGUGUCAGUUUUGCGGGAAAAGGUUCGCGCACAGCGCCCCCUAUCGGUACCAUGUUAAAACUCAUACCGGAGAGAAGAAACAUCUGUGUCCUUUGUGUAACAAAGGGUUCAUUUCCAAAGCAAAUAUGAAGAUUCAUCUGAAGAGUUGCAAUAUGCCGUACACUACUAUCAUAAAGAGUCCUCAGUAGUAUUUUCGUUUAAAAAUUAUGUAGGUAUCAUUGUAUUUUCUGUCUGUCAGGCCUAUUCAAAAUAUAUACUUUUCUGUUCUUCUGUUCUGUUCUUUAAGUGCCGUCUCCUAAUCAGAGGUUGAAUAUCAUCAUCACUAUCUUUAUUUUAUCUACUGCUGCUCAGAAGAGUUCUAUAGAACUGCAUUUGAACCAGUCCCUUAAAUUCUUCAAACAGGACACUCUCCUUCCUAUACUCCUUCCCCCUCUUAUCGUUCCCUAUAUUAUUAUGCAUUUAAACCAGUCCCUUAAAUUCUUCAACCAUGACACUCUCCUUCUUCCUAUACUCCUUCCCCCUCUUAUGUUUCCUUGUAUUAUCAGUCUUAGCAGUUCAUAUCGCUGUCCCCUCAUUACGUGUCCCAGAUAUUGUAACUUUCUUAUUUUUAUUGUGUUUAUUAUUUCGUAUUCUUUGCCCAUUUCUCACAAUACUUCCGUGCUAGUUUUCUCCUGUAUCCAUGCUAUUCUAAGCAUCCUCCUAUAACACCACAUUUGAAAGAACUGUAGCUUAUUUAUGUGUUCUUGCUUCAAUGUCCAUAUUGCAAUAUUGAAAACACGUAGCAUCUCAGAGCUCUUACUUUCAGUUUUAAUCUAAGGUAUUUGUUGCAGAGGAUUGCUUUCAUUUUUACAAACGCAUUUUUUGCUAUUUCUAUCCUGACCCUUAUUUCUGUUGUUUGAUCAUUAUUGUCUGAAAUCCGGGUUCCUAGGUAUUUUUAUUUAUCAACCCUUUCUAUCGGUACAUUUCCCAAAUGUAUGUUUGUUUGUAUAUUUGUUUGUAAAUUUGUUUUCUUUGUUAUUAUCAUGUAUUUGGUCUUUUUCUAUAUUCAUUUUUAGUCCAUAUUUUUCACAGAAAAUUUUUGUUCUUUUAGCAGUAAUGGGAGUUGUUCAGCAGAGCUUGCCAUAAUCACGGUGUCAUCUGCAUGUCUUAUGUUGUUAAUAGAUCUUCCGUUAAUUAUUAUUUCUUCACUUUGAGAUAGUAAUGCUUCUUCAAAAAUGGCUUAUUAUACAGGGUGUUUCAUUGGUAAAGUAACAUACGUUAACUGUAGAAAGAGGAUACUUAGGCGGUUUCAAAAAUACCAUACCUA